AUGAAUCCAUCGAUGAUCCUAAUCGGCACUCUCCUCCUCCUUAUUGCAUCAGAAGGAGGUGCUCAAGACCCUCUUGUUCCCUCAGGAGCCUCAACAGGUGUACCAACAGGUGCACCAACAAUAAUCGAGAACAAUAACAACCCAAGCAAUAACAUGAUGCCUACUAUGAGCUCGCAGCCAUCUCCUGACAUUCGUGUACCAACUCUUGCACCAACCAGACCGCCCUCCUACACAAUCAGAACCACAAGCCCGACUCGUCCCUUUCCGACUAGUUCAGACAGUAGUGGUUGCUAUGGUAACUAUCUUGAUUGGAGGUAUACCGUUUCAUACACUUUUGAUGGUGCGCAGUACUUUCAAGACGUUGUUUGUGACGACAGUCGAGUCGAAUGUUGGCAUAUAGGAAAUUAUGGAUCAGCACGGGAUAAAUGUUGCAAAUGCAAACCCGAGUGUGAAGGGCAGUGCGACAACCCAGUUUUCAACGAUGAUUUCUAUUAUCGCAAUGGAGAACCCUAUGAGUCGGAUGGUUACUAUGAUGACGAUGAAAAUCAUGGUGGUCUAGAAAUAUUAGAGUUGUUCCUUGCACUUGUUGGUGCAUUGUUUUGCUGUGGGCUGCUGACAUCCGCGCUUAAAAAGAACAAUGAAAUUCAAGCUACACGACGUACCAUGGCAGCAAGGAGACGGCAGCAACAACAGCAACAAGCAAGCAACGGGUUGUCGGAGGCAGAGAAGAACCACGCACGGUACGAGCUUUUUGUGACCAAGUUUUAUUUUCAAACUGUUCUACCAGAUAAGUCCAAUAUUACUGUGGCGAGUAUGAGGAACAACAGCAUGAAUGGCAUAGACAAGGAUGAAGAACGUUCUGCAGGCGCAGAUGAUGAGUCCGGCAAAACUGAAAGUGAUAAUGAUCACGAUGAUCCAUCAUUGGAAAAUAAAAUUGAGACGGAGACAAGUGCCAGUGAGCAGACCCUUUCCCAACGUUUAUCAAGUUGGAGAAAACCAUCCGGAAAGGACGAAUGUUGCAUAUGUUUGGAGUGUUAUGCUGUAGGCGAGACAAUCUGUGCUCCCAUCACAACCCAAUGCGAUCAUGUCUUUCACGAAGGAUGCAUAAAUGAGUGGCUGAAGACGAAUGACAAGUGCCCUUUGUGUCGAGUAGAACUACUGAACGAUUGA